CAACUUGUUGGUCUUUUUUUCUUCUAUAAAUUAGCCUUCAUUUCACUCAGGUAACUCUUCUCCUUUUCCUUCCUUUCCUUAUCAGUCCUUUAGCAUAUCUCUUCUGGAUUCCUCUUUGAUAGAUAUUUUUUUUUCUCAGAUAUGUGUCUAAUGUUCCAGCUUUGAACUCAAGCUGUUCUUCUGUUCUUUCCUCUGAUCCAAAACCAAGUUCUGGGUUUUUCUUGUAGAACUCAAAGUUAAGUUUGUUGGGGUUUCAAAAUCCGUUACCCAUCAUCUGAUUUUUCUUCUGGAGAUUCUGGGCUGGUGUUUUUGAGGCUGUUUCAAGCAGCAUCAAGCCAAAGUUUUUGUUUUUAUUUCCAAGGAGAGGUUUUUUUAAGAGCAAUAUCUUCAUGCUCAAUCUUUUGUUCUUGAUGUUUGAGAUUCAUGUCUCCAAUUCUCAGUGAAAUCUUUCUUUCUGGGUUUAUGAUAAAUUCUACAUUCAUUCGCAGGACCCAUCUUGUUCAAUCCUUCUCAGUUGUUUUUCUCUACUGGUUGUACUACGUUUCAUGAUUUUGGCUUUAAUCUCUGCUACUUAGUCUAUAAUAUAUAAAUAAAAUUGCUACUGGUACUACUGCUACUAUCUAUCUGCAUUGUUUUUCUUUAUUAGGGGUGUUUUUAUUGUCGUUUGGGUCCUGCUAUUAUCAUCUCUCUCUUGAUUUACUCUCUCUGCGUUGAAAAAAAUUAAAAAAUCUGCCCAAGUUAUCUGCAAUUUCCAUGGCUUCCUCUAGUGGCACAUCUUCGGGAUCAUCAACGUUGCUACAAAACUCAGGGUCUGAGGAGGACCUCCAGGCAUUGAUGGAUGAAAGGAAAAGGAAGAGAAUGAUAUCAAACAGAGAGUCAGCAAGGAGGUCCAGGAUGAGGAAGCAGAAGCAUUUGGAUGAUCUCAUGGCUCAGGUAACUCAGCUGCGGAAAGAGAAUCAUCAGAUCAUCACAAGGAUAAACAUCACGACCCAGCAUUACCUGAAUGUUGAGGCUGAGAACUCAGUGCUUAAAGCUCAAGCCAAUGAGCUUAGCCACAGAUUGCAGUCUUUGAAUGAGAUCAACAGUUUCUUGAAUGCAAACAAUGGCAGUAAUUUUGGUGUUGAAGAUGCAACAAGCCUUGCUUUCGCUGAGCCUGCUGACAGCUUCCUUAACCCAUUCAAUUUGGCCUACUUGAAUCAGCCUAUCAUGGCCUCUGCAGAUAACAUGUUUCAGUAUUAAUCCCAUGAGCUUAUUGGAGUUCAGUCAAAAGGGAGGAAAGAUUAAGAGAGCUGAGGAGUCCUUAAAUUUUUAGUCUUUUUUGUUUUGGUUCAGAGUCUUUUUUAAGAUAAUGUUUUAUCAGUAGGGAGUGGUGAGAAAUAAGGUAUGUGUAGGACAGUUGGACUGUGCUUAUUGGGUUGUUGAAUCCUUGGUAUGUAAAUGGGAUUGAAUCAUAAGUGUGUGAUGCAAGCCCAAUGAAUGUACAUGGGGCUUUGGUAUAAAAUAAAAUAUAUAUGUGAAGUAAGCUUUUGUUUUGGGUA